AUGGCCCGCUCCGGCGGUUUCAAUGAGCGUCCAGCUUCCGCGAUGUCUGCUGCUUCUUCUAAUGAGUCGGAGAAAGACGACAUGUGGUCAUCCAUGCUGUCCUCUGUUGCUUCUUCGAAAAGGCUACCUCAAAAGUCCAUCCUGGUUUUAGGAGGAUCAGCCGAUGGCCAAAAAGAGUUUGUUGAAUCCUUAGGUGUUGGUGGGGCAGGAUCCGGAGGUGGACACAGGAAGACCGAUAAAAGACCACCAAUUGCAAACGCGUUUGCCCUCGGAUACACUUAUCUGGACGUCCUGGAUUCUGACCACGAAGAUGUGCUUGCCCGGCUCGGAGUAUACCUGAUCUCGGAGCCAACACCAUCAUUCAUCCCGCUUCUACGUCCCCUAUUUACCGCCGCAACCCUCCCAGAAACCCUCAUAGUCAUUUUGCUUGAUUGGUCCAAACCUUGGGAUUGGAUGCGGGAGAUAAAAACCUGGGUUCGGCUAGUUCGAGGUAUCUUUACUAGCUUGGAUGACGAUUGCAGGAGGACCCUAGAUGAAGUUACACAUGCCUGGGAAACCAGGAGAAGCACACAUACUGAUUCUGGGGGCGGUGGGGUUGGGGAAGUAACAAUCCCUCUUGGGCCGGGAGAGUUUGAUGAACCUAUCGGUUUACCAUUAUGCGUGGUUUGCCAAAAUGCCGACAAAAUUGAAGUGUUAGAAAGAGAACGUGGGUGGAAGGAGGAAGAAUUCGACUUCGUUCUUCAAUUUCUGCGGACAAUUUUACUGAAGCAUGGGGCAUCAUUAAUUUAUACUACACCUUCGGCGCCGUCUCCAAUCCGGCCAUUGAUAUUUUCGCUUCUCUCUAUCCAAUCGCCACAACGUCAACAAGUUCUUAAACACAAUGUAAUUGAGCGUGACAAAGUUCUUGUGCCCCCUCACUGGGACUCGUGGGAACCGGAGAGCGAAGGCGGAGCAGUAGAGGUUUAUGAGGAUGUGAUCAAGGAAUCAAAACGCGGCGAUACAGAGGGAAUUGCGCUGCUCAACAAGAAUGGGGGUAGGGUGAUCGAAGUCCCAGCAGUUGAUACGCAGGAAUUUCUCGCCACCCAACUAGAGGUCCUGGAAGCUAGAGCAGCUGAGGAAAAAGCAGCUCGGGUGGCAAGGAAGACAAAAACAAUCAGAAUCAUGGAAGUCGAUGCUGAAAACAUGUUGGAAAGAUUAAAGGAGAGAGAAGCUAGCAGGGCUUCGGAUAGAGAGCCUUCUUUGGCUAGUCAGGGUGGAGGUGAUGGCAAGAGUCAAAAUGAGGUCUUAUCAGCAUUUUUUAACUCUCUCAUGAAGAAGAAAGGCACACCUGCAAAGGGAGCCUCUCCAGGAUCAUGA